UGUCUGAUAAGAAAUUAUGCUCUCGGACAUCUGUAUUGAAAGUAAACAUAUAUUUAAAUGAGUCACACGGAUGCCAAUCCAGGCGACGCAAUGGACGGAUUACCUCAACUGUCCGAUGUGCAUGCGCGAAUUCGCGCCGCCCGUCCGGUGCCCUGUGAGUCUCGGCUGCGGGCACACCCUCUGUAGGGACUGCCUCAGGACCGUGCUCAAUAAACCAUGCCCCUUUGAUCAGACUGUGGUACCGUUCGGCGCGGAAGAUGUGGUAGUGAACACGGCACUACUCCAACUGCUGGGAUAUGCGCCCCCUGCUCAACCGUACCACCCGCCAUGUAUUCAGAAGCUGCCAGAAGCGGACCAGCAAGCCUAUGACGUCAUAGUGAAAUGCAUGGAACACCUGUCCGUGUUCCUCAAAUAUUGCGGCAAUGUCAACAAUACAGUCGGUGGGGGUCGUCUAUCGCGACCAAUGCAGCGGAAACUGGUGACGCUGCUGCAAUGCUGCGUGCUGGACGACGAAGGUCGCGGCCGGGCGGCCCGAGCCGCUCGCUCGCUCGGCGAGCGCACCGUCACCGAACUAAUUUUGCAACACCAGAAUCCUCAGCAGUUGAGCGCGAACCUGUGGGCGGCGGUGCGUGCACGUGGCUGCCAGUUCCUCGGGCCUGCAAUGCAGGAAGAGGUUCUCAAACUUGUGCUGCUGGCACUCGAGGACGGAUCCGCACUUUCCAGGAAGGUGUUAGUGAUGUUUGUAGUCCAAAGAUUGGAGCCUCAUUUUCCACAGGCAUCCAAAACUAGUAUAGGCCACGUCGUCCAGCUCCUUUACAGAGCUUCUUGUUUUAAGGUUUCCAAACGCGAAUGCGACUCAUCGCUAAUGCAACUGAAAGAAGAAUUUCGUACCUACGAGUCGUUGCGUCGGGAACACGACGCUCAGAUUGUUCAGAUCGCCACCGAGGCCGGUCUGCGGAUAGCCCCCGACCAGUGGAGCGCGUUGCUUUACGGGGAUACGGCUCACAAAAGUCACAUGCAGAGUAUAAUCGAUAAACUGCAGUCGCCGCAGUCGUUUGCGCAGUCUGUCCAAGAACUGUUCAUAGCACUGCAACGGACUGGUGACCCCGCCCACGUGGUCGUCAUGAGCAUGCACCUGGACCGACUUGCGAGUAUCGAUCCUAGUCCAGACGCGAAGAGCCCUUUAUGGCAACAGUUGGCAGAGAUCAUGACGUCACUGAAGGAGGUUGUCUCCGGUCUCAUCCACUACCUCCAACAGCAGGCCACGGGCCGCGACACCAAUCACAAUCAGAAGCACAGCGACCGUUCGGAGCCUUCCACCAUGGUGUGUGCGACAGGCCAGCCAUCGCCGCAGACGACGGUGUCGACGCCAACGCAUAGCAAGUACAAAGUGCUUAUGUGUCGGGACGCGGCUACGCGCUCCUUCUGCCCGCGCGGCGUCGCAUGCACCUUCGCGCACUCCGAGGAGGAACUAGAGAGAUACAGGGCGAUGCCGAGCGCGAAUCAGGCUAACGGCAACUAUGCGGCGUACAUGGGCCCGGUGCCGCAGGGCAUACCGCUACCGCAGCCGAUGCCGCUGCCGCAGCCCAUGUUCCCGCGCUUCCCGAUGUCGCAGCAUCCUCAUCUCGACAACUAUAGCGUACCACAGAUGCCCACUAUGCCGCCGCAGCCGCUGGAGAUAAUACCGUCCCAGGAGUACGCCACUGACACGCACGGUGUCGACACCUUGCCACCCUCAAACUUCCAGAACGCGUUGAUACACAACCAGGCGCCCAUGACGUUGAACCAGAACGGCAUGAUGGUUCCUAUGGCGGAUCGGCCGUUCUAUCGGUUCAGCAAUAUUUUGCCUAUCCAUGAGGAGCCAAACAACCUCCAGUACGCGCCAUCAGUGUACCAGGGCCCCAGCAACGCGUCGGCGAUGACGUUUCAGAGUCAGGACAACCUUGCGCCACACAUACCAAAUAUAUUUGUGCCCGUACAACACGAGGCCUCGAGGAACAUCAGCCCAUAUUCUUUUGAUGAUCUGCAAUCGGAGCUGCUACCGGACUACCGCGUCAAGUACGGCGGCGGGCUGCGCGAAAGACGCGGCGAACCUCCACCGGCGUGGCCGCCGGGCGAAGUGUUCACAUUCGACGCCAUCCGUUCCACGUUGCCGCCGCUGCCCGCUAACACCGACGACAUGUUCAACGUGUCCGGUGAAAGGCGCGCGCUUGGCGCUGACAGGCUCGUAGUGCAAGGUGGCGCCUCCGAUCUCUCCAACCGCGCGGACGAUCAGGAGCUUGAAGAGGAAUUGCAAGCUCUAGAGCGGCGCAUUGACACCGAGUUCAAAAGCACGGAUUAAACAAACAAGCAACAGGCAGUCAGGACCAAAGUGGUUACGACACGACUCGAUUACGACGUAAGACAACAUUACGCACUCAAAUAUUCUUAACAUGUUCACUGCUCAAGAAACACCUGGUUAUACAGUUGUUCCACACCUGGGCCCAUAUGUGUAAUCACGGACCCGAGCGAAGUACACUAAAAAUUUGUUGACGUCGGACAUAAAAUGGCUUACAAAUUUUAAACUAUUCAUACAGUAGACAUUUUUAGACUACGAAAUUUUAUUUAUUAUACUCUUAUCUGCGUUUAAAUUAAAUGUAAGAAACAUACGCGAAAUGCAAUCAUAAUGUAGAAAUAACUGUGGUUACACAAUGCAACAAAAAAAUAUUUACAUCUUUUUUAAAUUUCGCAGUAAUUGAUAUAAUUUUAUUUAACCGCUGGAUUUACUUUUAUUUAUUGUUGAUUGAUGCUUUUUAUAGUAAAAUUGAA